UCUGGGUCCAUGAUGUAUGCACCAGCUCAAUUUUCAAAAGCUGAUAAUUACCCUCCAGUUGAAUUUCAAAGAAGACAGCAAUUUUGGGACCCUAUUCGCCUAGCUCUUUUCACAUUGGUAAUUGUAGCAAUCAUAGGAAUUACGAUUGGCAUUGUUAGUCAUUACGUUGUUGAGGAUGAUAAGUCAUUUUAUUACCUUGCCUCUUUUCAAGUCACAAACGUAAAAUAUAGAGAAAAUUAUGGAAUAAAAACCUCUAAAGAGUUUACACAAAGGAGUCAUCAGAUUGAGAGAAUGAUGUCUAGGAUAUUUCGACGUUCUUCUGGAGCAGGUCGGUUUAUCAAAUCUCAUGUUAUCAAAAUAAGUCCAGAUGAAAAUGGUGUGAACAUUCUUAUGGUGCUCAUGUUUCGAUACCCAUCUACUAGUAGUGCUGAGUACAUCAGGAAAAUAAUUGAGAGGAUUUUAUAUCAAAGUCUGAAGACAAAAGAGAUGCCUUUGACUAUAAACAAACCAUCACUUACACUCACAUCUAUUGACAGCAAGAAGAUGAGGAAUCUUCUCAAUAGCCGCUGUGGAAUAAGGAUGACAUCUUCAAACAUGCCAUUACCAGCAUAUACUUCUACAGAAAGGAUUGUCCAAGGAAGGGAAACAGCUAUGGAAGGGGAAUGGCCGUGGCAGGCCAGCCUCCAGCUCAAAGGGGCAGGCCAUCAGUGUGGAGCCAGCCUCAUCAGUAACACGUGGCUGCUCACAGCUGCUCACUGCUUCCGCAAAAAUAAAGACCCACGUCAAUGGAUUGCUACUUUUGGUACGACUAUUAAUCCACCCGCAGUGGAACGAAAUGUGGGGAAAAUCAUCCUUCAUGAAAAUUACCAUAGAGAAACAAAUGAAAAUGACAUUGCCCUGGCUCAGCUUACCACCCGAGUUGAGUUUUCAAAUGUAGUCCAGAGAGUUUGCCUCCCAGAUUCAUCUAUAAAGUUGCCACCUAAAACAAGUGUUUUUGUCACAGGGUUUGGAUCCAUUGUAGACGACGGACCCACACAAAAUAAACUUCGGCAAGCCAGGGUGGAAACCAUAAGCAGUGAUGUGUGUAACAGAAAGGAUGUGUAUGAUGGUCUGAUCACUUCAGGAAUGUUAUGUGCUGGAUUCAUGGAAGGAAAAGUAGACGCAUGUAAGGGUGAUUCUGGUGGACCUCUGGUUUAUGAUAAUCAUGACAUCUGGUACCUUAUUGGUAUAGUAAGUUGGGGACAAUCAUGUGCUCUUCCCAAAAAACCUGGGGUCUACACAAAAGUGACUCAGUAUCGAAACUGGAUUGCCUCAAAGACUGGUAUCUAG